AAUCAUCUUACAUCGUAAAACCCUAGUAAAACCUUGUGAAUUUGGAAAUGGCGUUCAACUCAAUUCUUCGCAAGUCGGGCUCUUUUGUGAGGGCUCUUCCUGUCGCGGGUCAAUUGGUGAGAAAGAACCACCCCGGUCAUCGUACCGCGCUGUUCAGCGCCAUCAACCAGCACAAGGAUUCGUUGGUUCCGAGGUUUCACUUUUCUUCUGUGGCUUAUAAGAAGAAACCCACCUCCGAUGAGAACCUCCUCCGAGUCAUCGAAUCCGAGAUUGAAUGCGCUCAGCAGACCGACGAUCAAGACGCAGUUGAAGAGGUUCCGACUAAUUUUCCAUUCAAGAUAAUUGAUAGUCCAGGGCAACAGACUAUAGCACUUGAAAGAACGUACCAAGGUGAAGAAAUUAAGGUAGAGGUUCACAUGCCUGAUUUGGUCACUGGGGAAGAGAAUGAUGAGGAUAAAAACAGUGAUGAGGGUGAGAGUGCAUCUCAGUCAAGCAUUCCACUUUCAGUGAGUGUUUCUAAGAAGGGUGGACCCUUUCUAGAGUUCAGUUGUGUGGCUUACCCUGAUGAGAUUGUUAUUGACAGUUUGUCUGUUAAGAAUCCUGAGCUUGCUGAGGAUCAAAUUGCAUACGAGGGACCAGACUUCCAGGAUUUGGAUGAGAACCUACAGAAGUCUUUCCACAGGUAUUUAGAAAUUAGAGGGAUCAAACCCAGCACAACCAAUUUCUUGCAUGAGUACAUGAUCAACAAGGACAGCAGGGAGUACAUCGUGUGGCUGAAAAAGCUCAAGAGCUUCAUUCAAGCAUGAGCUUUCGUGUCUAUGUGCUUAUAGCCGUCAAUUGAAGAAAGAGUGGACGCGAUACCGAGUUUUGGUCUGAUCACUUGCGUACCCGUGCGAAGGGAAAGAUAAUAAGAUAUUUUAUCAUUGUGGUUUAGUAGUAGUUCCUAUCGAAGGUAGAUUAUAUAUGAAAAUGCUUGGUUAAUUUAUUUAUCUAUCCCCGGGGUUGUUUGAUUGAAAAACUUUUCGAUGGCUUACGUGCUUGACAUUUGGCUAAGUGAUGCCAAAAUUCCUCGAAUGCAUUUUUAUUUGAUUCUUGUUGUGGGAGCAGUAAACUACCAAAUUUACUAUCUAUUAACAUACUUACAUGUGUAAGAGAGAUUAUAAAAGGUAUAAUAAAUUUUACCUUU